ACCACACCCUUAUCCUCAGGUAUAAGAGCCACCCACCACCUGCUAGCUGCCACCAUUCACAACUUCUGCAGCUUUUCUCACAGGAGAAGUCACCAGCCCAGCCACUCAAGAUGGCCUUUAUCCCUGCACCAGGCUACCAGCCCACUUACAAUCCGACGCUGCCCUACCACAACCCCAUCCCAGGAGGUCUCAGAGUUGGAAUGUCCAUUUACAUCCAAGGAGUGGCUAGCGAGCACAUGAAGAGGUUCUUCGUGAACUUCGAGGUGGGGCAGAGCCAAGGGGCAGACGUCGCCUUCCACUUCAAUCCCCGCUUUGAUGGCUGGGAUAAGGUGGUCUUGAACUCGAAGCAGAACGGCUCGUGGGGCAACGAGGAGAGGAAAAUGAGCAUGCCCUUCCGCAAGGGCGCGCCUUUCGAGCUGGUGUUCAUGGUCAUGACAGAGCACUUCAAGGUGGUGGUGAAUGGGACUCCUUUCCAUGAGUUUAAGCACCGGAUCCCACUGCAGAUGGUCACCCACCUGCAUGUGGAUGGCGACUUGACGCUUCAAUCAAUUAACUUCAUUGGAGGCCAGCCCCCCUCACACCAGAUGCCCAUGCCGGCUCAGGCGUACUCAAGUCCCGGACAGUACUAUCAACAACAAAGUAGACUGCCUACCAUGGAGGGACCCCCAGCCUUCAACCCGCCUGUGCCAUUUAAUGGGAGACUGCAAGGGGGGCUCAUAGCUCGAAGAACCAUCAUUAUCAAGGGCUACAUACCCCCCACAGCCAAGAGCUUUGUCAUCAACUUCAAGGUGGGAUCCUCGGGGGAUGUGGCUCUGCACAUUAACCCCCGCAUGACCGAGGGCGCGGUGGUCCGAAACAGCUUUCUGAAUGGCUCCUGGGGAUCUGAGGAGAGGAAGGUCCCCUGCAACCCGUUUGGUCCUGGACAGUUCUUUGAUCUGUCCAUUCGUUGUGGCGCAGAUCGCUUCAAGGUGUAUGCCAAUGGCCAGCACCUCUUCGACUUCUCCCAUCGCCUCUCAGCCUUCCAGAGGGUGGACUUGGUGGAGAUCCACGGUGAUGUCACCUUGUCCUACGUCCAGAUCUGAUCUAUUCCUGGGGCCAUAACCCUUGGGAACACAGGGGAAGAUCCUGUAGGACCCUUUCUAAGCCCCUAAUAAAAUGUCUGAGGGUGUCUCAUGAGUGUAUGUGACUCCA